GAAUACGUGAAGGGCAAUCAACCACACGGCCACCUCUUUUUGAUGGAACCAAUUAUACAUAUUGGAAAGAACGAAUGAGAAUCUAUAUUCGUUCCACGAACUUCUAAUUAUGGUUGGUUAUCAAAAACGGGGAAGAGGUGCUGAUGAAGAAAGUCGGAGACAAGUUGAUCCCCAAGACCGAAGACGAGUUUGAUGCCGAGGACAUCAAAAAGGUCGAGAAUUAUGCAAAGGCAAUAAAUAUGCUUUAUUGUAUCGUAAAUCCUGAUGACUACCGCAAGAUCUCCUGCUGCUCAACCGCCAAGGAGAUGUGGGACAAACUUGAGGUGACGUACGAAGGAACGGACCAAGUACGUGAAGCCAAGAUUGACUUCCUCACCCAAGAAAAUGAGAUGUUCAGGAUGAAGGAGCACGAGAAGAUCGACGACAUGUUCGACCGUUUUUCCAAGAUAGUCAAUGAUCUCCAUGCAUUAAAGAAGACAUACACCGACAGGGAUCUUGUGCGAAAGAUCCUACGGAGCUUGACAUCCGAAUGGCGAUCCAAGGCCGAUGCCAUCUAUGAAUCAAUCGGCACAUCAAAUGUCAC